CUUCCUGAUAUCUUCGUGAUGUUGCUGAGCCUUCUCUCGUUUCCCUCCCCAUAAUCUCAGCCCCUCCUUAUCGUCGCCUUGCUCCCUCCGGUCCGGUCAUGGACUCCCCCCCGUCUUCGCCCUAUGCCGGCCAAAAACGCAAAAUCGCCGACAUGAGCCCCGACGAAGAAGAAGAAGAAGCCUAUCGCCCAACCAUGGGCUUCCGUGGCUUUGCUCGCGCGUCAUCUCGCUCCGAGUCGCCUCCCUCUCACAGCGGCCUAGGCGGUGCCCGUCGCAAUCCAUGGAAUAACAGCGCGCAAUCAGCGAUGAAAGGCGGCAACAACAAUGCCGGCAAAGGUGCCUCCUCGGGAGGCAACUCGUUCGCCGCGCGUAUGAUGGCCAAGAUGGGUUACAUCGAGGGACAGGGUCUCGGUUCUUCUGGGCAAGGUAUCGUCAAUCCGAUCGAGGCUCAGGCUCGUCCCCAGGGUGCCGGUUUGGGUGCGGUCCGUGAGAAGACGAAGCAAGCACGAACGGAGGAGAAACGGGCAGCAGCUCUUCGGGGCGAGUCCGUUGACGACAGCUCGGAUGAGGAGCGCAAGAGGCGACAAAAGAAAAAGGAGGAGUGCAAACGAGAGGGCAGGAGUGGGACAGGGACCCCGGUGGCUCGCGCGAAGCCCCAGUUCCGGACUGCGCGCGAGAUGGAGAAGGACAUGGAGGGCUUGGAGGUUCCGAAUGUCCUGAAAUCGCUGAUCGAUGCGACUGGCAAGGACCAGAAGGUGCUGACGUCCACCGCUGGUUUGAUGACGCCGCAGACGUUCGUCACUCAAGGCGAGGGAGAGGCCUGGAAAAUUGCGCAGCGCGCCCGAAACGACCUGGAAGCGUUUGCGGAUGAGUGGAAGGGUUUGACAGAGAGGAAGAAGUACAUUGAAUUCGAGGAGGCCCAAGUCGUGGAACAGCUGGACACGAAUCAGCUCAAAGCCGACCAGCUGACUGAGCUCGUCGCAGCGAUCGGACAGCUAGAAAUCUUCCAGAAGGAAGACACCCGGGCGAAGUUCGACGAACUAACCGACAAGCUGGAAUCUAUGGAAAUGAAGUACCGCAACGAACUCGACGAAUACCGACUGCCUGAAACGGCCGUCGCCGCGAUUCAUCCUCUUUUCCGUCAAGCGAUGGAAGAAUGGGAACCUCUCAGGGAUCCGACAUACCCCGUCUCCAACCUCCGGCGUCUCCAACCACUUCUACUCCGAAAGACCAAAGACGAGCACACCCAGAGACAGUCGACAUCCCCCUACGAGACCAUGCUCUACACCCUGUGGCUCCCUCGCGUGCGCUCCGCCCUGCUCAACGACUGGGACGUGUUUGAAUCCGCCCCAGUGACCUCCCUAAUCGUUGCCUGGAAGGAGCUCCUCCCCUCCUUCAUCUACGCCAACGUCCUGGACCAGCUCGUCGUCCCCAAACUCACCAGCGGUCUGAAAGAAUGGAAGCCCCGAAGCAGCAGCAGACGCCACCACACCUCAUCCUCCAACAGCACCCGCUUCCCAUGGUGGGUCUUCACCUGGCUCCAAUACCUCGACGAGCGCCACACCAACCCCAAGCAACCAACCGGUCUCCUCUCCGACGCGAAGCGCAAAUUCCGCGUCGUCCUCGACACAUGGGACCUCAGCAAGGGCCUCAUCAACGGCAUCGAGCUCUGGCGCGACGCCCUGGGCUCCGAAUUCGACGCCUGCCUCCGCAACCACCUCCUCCCCCGCCUCGGCCGCCACCUCCGCGAAGACUUCGAAGUCAACCCACAAGACCAAGACCUCGCACCUCUCGAAAACGUCCUCAAAUGGAAAGACUUCUUCAAACCCAACGUCACGGGCCUCCUCCUCGUCGCCGAAUUCUUCCCCAAAUGGCACAACAUCCUCUACAUCUGGCUCACCAACGACCCCAACUACGAAGAAGUCGCCGAAUGGUUCACCUGGUGGCGCAGCCAAAUCCCCUCCGACAUCAACGACCUCACCAUCGUCGACGACGAAUGGAACAAGGGUCUGCAAACCAUGGACCUCGCCUCCCAACUCGGCGACCGCGCCGCCGCCGAACUCCCUCCCCCGUCAUCCACAACCACUGCCACAACUGCACCCACUACCGAACCCCCACUCACAUCCAAACCCCUUCCCACCGAACCACCCCGCAAACAAAAAAUCCUCGAAGAGGUCGCUUUCAAAGAUAUUCUCGAAUCCUGGUGUCUGGAGCAAGGCCUCAUCAUGCUUCCGUUGCGGGAGGCACAUCCGCAAAACGGUCAACCGUUGUUCCGUAUCACGGCCAGUGCGACGGGCAAAGGCGGUGUGGUGGCCUUCGUCCAGGGAGAUGUGGUCUGGGUGCAGAACAAGAAGGCCAAGGAGACGUGGGAGCCGAUGGGGUUGGAGGAUCGGUUGGUCGAGAGGGCGGAGGGGAAAUGAGGAGUUUUAUUCACCUUUUUUAUACUUUAGAUAUGUUGCUUUUGUGCUUUGGAUGGAUUGGUUUGCAUUGGUUGAUCGCGGGCGAUUAGUUGUUAUUACAGUUUAUUUCUUCGAGUUAUGAUACCAUAUGGAUUUGAUGCCUUGGGCGGAUUAUCUUGUAUAGUAAUGAUGUGAAUGUAUCCGUCAAUAUGGGGAAGGGAUCAGCAUAUAAAACUGAUUCUAAAUAGGGAACAUCAUUCAGUCAUCAAGACGUCAUUCCUA